CCCUCCCCGGUAGCAAAUGCAUGUUGGAUGAGAUGGAUGCAACAUCACAGCCGUUCUCGUCUCAUGCACAGAAUGAGAUAUAGCUUGUGAUUUUUGCUCUAUGCCUUGGGGGCCACAGGAUGGAAACCAGCAAUCCAUGCAGCCAGAGAAGGUUGGCUGGGUUCGGAAAUUUUGCGGGAAAGGCAUUUUUAGGGAAAUCUGGAAAAACCGUUAUGUGGUUUUGAAGGGAGAUCAGCUUUAUAUCUCAGAAAAAGAGGUCAAAGAUGAAAAAAACAUCCAGGAAGUGUUUGACCUGAGCGACUAUGAGAAAUGCGAAGAGCUCAGGAAGUCCAAAAGCAGAAGCAAAAAGAACCACAGCAAGUUCACGCUAGCACACUCCAAACAGCCUGGAAACACGGCACCAAAUCUGAUCUUCCUGGCCGUCAGUCCGGAAGAGAAAGAGUCCUGGAUCAACGCCCUCAACUCCGCCAUCACCCGAGCCAAAAACCGCAUCUUAGACGAGGUGACUGUUGAGGAGGACAGCUACCUCGCCCAUCCGACCCGCGACAGAGCGAAAAUCCAACACUCCAGACGGCCUCCGACACGGGGACACUUGAUGGCUGUGGCAUCUACCUCAACGUCGGAUGGCAUGCUGACACUGGACCUUAUCCAAGAGGAAGACACCUCUCCAGAGGACCACGGGACCUGUGAAGAGAGCUUUCGGGUGGACCUGGAUAAGUCUGUGGCACACCUCGCUGCCGGCCGGCGCCGGUCGGAUUCGGAGAACGUCAAGUCCUUGGAGAAAGGCCGGACAGUGAGCCUGCCGAGACGGGAGGCGACCUCGUGGGACAAAACUGGGAAACGCAACGACGCCUUCGACAAAGGGACCAUGUACACUCCGCAGGUCCCCAAAAAGCUCUCGCACUCGGAAAAGAACAAAUGUGCCUCCAUGGAGGAGAUUUUGUCUCGCCGGGACUCUUCCGCGCACCGGGCGGUGCUGAGGAAGGGGCUGGAGGCUCAGUUUGCCUCGGGUGAGCCCGAGCAGCUGGCCCGGAUACAGGAACUGGUUGCACUGAAACUAGAAAAAACUCAGGAACUGCUGACGGAGGUGAAGGGCUAUGGGGAAGGGAAGCGAAAGACAAAAGAUUUCGCCGCUGCCGCCACCACCACUUCUUCCUCUUCCAAGUCGGACUCUGAGAGCAUCUUGCGGGAGACAGAGAGGUUGCUGGGUGAGGCCUCCUCCACCUGGAGCCAAGCCAAGAAGGUGUUACAGGAGAUUAAAGAGCUGAGGGACCUGUACAAACAGUUAGAACUGCAACCGUUGGACCCUAAACCCAAACAGAUCUCACAGUCUCAGUACAGGAAGAGCAUGAUGUGAAGGCACGCUUCAGGGUGGGAUGGUGGUGAUUUCUUUUUAUUAUUAUUUACAGUGUUCGAAACAGUACAAGGUGCCUGUUCUCAUCAAAACUUGCUCCUCAAGCUUGACCCCUUCCCCUCCCCAGAUCUCCCCCCCUCCCCCCAUCCCCAGAUGAAACAAAAGGUGUUCAAAUAAACCAGUUUGGAUUCCUACUUUUUUUCAAAGUAUCCUUUCUCUGCGUUCUUGGGCUGCUCGUGUCAUGCUUGCAGGACGGAAGAUCACCAAGACCUGGAAAGCUCCCGGCAUACUUGUGGGGACAUAUGCACAGCAGCAGGGGUAGAUAUUCUCCCUCUAUAGAAGCCCUGGGUUUGCUGCUCUGAACCCAGUGUCCUGCAUUACAGCUCUUUGACCAAGAGCAUUGGCAACAUGGCGUACGUUUUUCCUCCUCUUUAAAAAGAAUCAGCACGUGGAGGUCCCUGUUAUCCAAAAACUGUCUGGAAGAUGCUUGCCAGUGACAUCCAAGCCGGGGUUGGAAUUCCGUUGUCAGAACGAGGCGAUUCCCAGCCUGGAAUGCAGUCUGACGUGUCAUGAGAGCAUCGGGAGCUCCUUCCUGGACUGCAGUUAACAGGGCUCUUCCCUGGCAUUGUUCCUGCACUGAUCCCAAACCCUCUUUUGCAAACUCCUGUGGCAGGCAGCUGUUAAUACAUGUGGUACAAAUACAGCCCUCUGUACAGAGGCAACAGGUAUGCAAUCUGUGUUAAAACUAACCCUGUCUGUCAGCCGAUGCUUCGGAGACACCCUCUGGCCCGGUGCAAUCAGAUUUAGCAACCACAAUGUCUUCCUUCUUGUGCAGAUGAUCAAGGCCUGGAGUCCAACGGGCCGUCAUUAUUUGUUUUUCAUUGUUCUUUCCUUCAUUUAGGCUGGAGUGAAAUGGAAAGUCAGGGUUUGGCACAGAGGGCAACAGAAAAACUGAGAAUUGCUGUUGGUUUAAUGGGCCUGAUGCUGCUCUCGCUCACACUCCAUUUACACGAUUGAGCCUCACACAAUUGUCUCUUAGCUGACAUUGAUGUGAGGUCAGUAUCAGGCCCACUGAAACUCAAAUGGAUCCCAAAUUAGAGCUCAGAUAUCCUCGCCUCACUGAUGUCUAGCACUUUUCUAAGUAGGUGGCUCAGCUUUCAUGCACUUAAGCAGCAGGACAAGAGGGAAAUAUGCUAAGAUUUCUCUCAGGGCUUAAAGUACACUGGCAAAUUAACAUCAGUUGUUUUUUCAAAGAAAUCUAAUUUCCUUGCCUAUGUUGCAAAGAACCCCUGAGAAUAUUAAGAACAACUGAGUUUUAAUGUCUAAUUUCCUUUUCACUGUUUACAUUUUGUGCCUCUCACAUAUUUGAAAUGAGACUAGUUAUGUUGAGGUCUGUGUCUGGUCAGUUUCACUCAUAUUGCCGGCUAAGGCUGUGAUGUUUGGGUUGCAAACGCUGCAAGGAAAUGUUGAUCUGUGUUUUUUAAAAGCUCCCACCAGUUGGAAUUAAAUAACAUUGGUGGAAAUAUUUCUAUUGGCCUAAGCUUCUUUAACAGCUGGUUGUUUGCAAAGCUUAAAUUUGGGGCCCAAUUUCACCUCACAAUGUCCUUUUAAGAUAUUCAUAUCUCUUUUCAAAACCUAUCCUUCAAACGUCAGAAAAAUCUCUGGCUCACUUCAGUUCUUAUCACAAAGCCACACAGACAUGCUGUCAUGAUAGAAAUGGGGAGAUUUGGCUUUUACAGAAUUUACAAGAAGUAUUCUUUUCUUGAUUUGUUUUUUUAACAUUUUGACCACUCAAUGGGUGCAUUUUUACAGUCUGUGGAAUCAAAUUUAAUCCCUUAAAAAAAAAAGGAGAGAUUUAAAAAAAAACCCUGACAUGUAAGCCAUUCUGACAGUGCCCUUCUAUGUCAUCUCUCUUUGAUCCAGAAGGAAACAAGAAAAAAAAUCUUCAAAUAGUUUUCAGAUAUAAUGUUAAGCAUUAAAAAUAACCCAGUUCUCAAAAUAGAAAAGCUGUUUUAAAAUCUAGAGGUUCUAAUUACACUGGAUUAGCAUGGACAUGUGUCAUGAGUGGGGUUGAGAUUCUAGGCACUUGAAUAAUAUCAAAAUGUAUGUAUGUAAAAACACUGAUUGGGUUAUACAGUUCUAGCAAGAUGCCCAAAGUCUAAGGCGCAUAUGGGGGUCACUGAACACACCCAAGAAACCCACAGUUAUGUAGAAACUUGCUCCUUAAAAAUCUGUCUUGUGCAACCUGCCAAGGUAAUGACAAAAACUGUUUGGUUAACAGGGGUGGUUAUCUGACUAUAGGGAAAACAAAACAGUCCUAGAGACUUGGCAGGUGUCUUGAAUAGUCACCUAAGACAGGGGUGGAUUUGUCCAUUGGAGGUGGGGCUUGGUGCAAGUUUCACUCUAUGGGAGUAAUUACCCAGGGUUCCAGGCAGGUUUGUACAGUAGGUCUGCUACCUUGAAGCUAGCUUGGGUUUAUCGACAAGAAUGGUGGUACACCCUGUGGCUGCAGUGUAGACAUACUCUGUAUAUUUAUGGAGCUAAGGAGUUGCAGCACCUGGGCAGGAGACCACCUGUUGGUUUGGAAGCAGGUUUGUCCUACAACGAAAACUCACAGGUCACGUAGUUGUUGGAGCUGUGCAAAAUUUUGCAACAGGUUCUCAGCUUGGGACCAGGUUUUGUUGAGCUUCACCAACCUUCCUGCUAACCUAGGGUGGACUUCUGAGCAAACGGGGGCGGGAAGAGUUAUGGUUUGUAGAGGGAACCAUUCCGGAUGGAUUUGCAUGGUUUUGACGCCUGAAUUGGGCAGUUGUGGGUUUGGUUCAGCCCAAAAGUCCUGUGAUACAAACCCAGUGAAGUGAGUUCAAAAAAGAAACCAUCACACUAGUGCCCCUGAAAACCAAAACAGACAAGUUUCAUACAGCUCUAGCCACAGCAUUUAUGUCUGGACAUCAUGAUUCUGCAUCAGAACAGAGUCAUGAUGUGAUGCUGUGAGAUCACGGUCUCCUCCUCAUGCCACGGUGACAUUGAUCUUACCCUGGAGCAUCCCAAGAGGAAGGGAUUCAAAAAUCACCCAAACAAAAACUGGGAUGAGCGGCAACUCAAAGGAAUUGGAAUCCUCCCCAUCCAAUCAAAUUCCUAAAGUCCCCCCUGCCCGUGAGCUCAGAGCUCAUGUUGGGGGUGGGAGGGAAAGAGGUACGGUGGGCCAUCUCCCACUCCUUGUUUCUGUGCCUGGGUCAUGAACAUCACCAAGGUUUUCAUGACCCUUCCGUGCCGUGGGCACCUCCAAAAUGCCUACUGCAGCUGCUUCUGAGUGAAAUUCUGGCCCCACUGACAUCAGUGAAGCCAGGAUUCCACCUUCUGAUUUGAAGCAGAGCUAACUUUAAGAUUUUAAGGGUCCCAACAAAGGGGUUAUUUUUGAGGUGCUCAUUCCCCUUCUAUAUCCCACCUCCAUCUCUCCUUCUCCCUCCCUGGUCGAUGAGCGUAGACAGCACUUGGCUUUUACAAUCCCACGCUGUGGCACAAAGAGAGGCCCCAAAGCUGGCCAGGCCUGUCCCACUCCUUUGGCCUUUCCCUCACCCAGCAGCGUUGCCAGAGAAUUUGGUAAGACUGCACGUUCACAUUGUCAUUCAUUAUUUGUAGAGCGGGCUGGAAAUUUUCCAAUGGAAUGUUUUUCCUUUGGAAACCAAAACUUCCCAUGAGAACAUGUCAAUUUUGAUAAAAUUUUGUUUCAGGGGGAAAAAAGUGAGGGGGGAAAACAAGAGUUUUGAUGAGUUCGAAACAUUUUGUUAUGACAUUUUCAGAAUGGAACACGUCAGUAUUUUAGUUUUGAAAUUUAUAUUACAAAAAUGUAAACUCAUUUUAAAACGCCAACACUGAAACAAGAGAGACAAGGUGGGUGAGGUCCUAUCUUUUAUUGGACCAACUUCUGUUAGUGAGAGAGACAAGCUUUUGCGCUUACACGGAGCUCUAAAACAUUUCAAUUGGCCCCAAACCAAAACUUUUUCAGAAAUGUCAGUUUCUGGAAAAUUUUGAAAUUCUUUGGUUUUGUUCUAGUUUGUAAUUACGCAAAUUUAGAGAUCACUGAAUUUCCUGCAAAACAGAAAUUCCAAUUCCCACACAGCUCUAGUCAGGUAUCAGGACUCACUGUGUGAGAUGUGGUACAUUUUUAUUGCUGGUAGGUCUAUUACAGUAGCGCCUAAGAGUCCCAGUCAUGGAUCAAGUCCCAUGGCGCUAGAUGCUGUACAAACACAGAACAAAGAGACAGACCUUGCCCCCAACAUGGGAUAUAAUUCCCCCUCCAUUCACUUGUAAUCUCUUUUAUUUUAUUUUAAAUUUCACCAAAUUUUCCCCAUUUGUCAAUCCCUUUUGUGGGAUUACAGAGAAAAGCCAAAUACAAGAGAGAGUGGCAUGUGUGCGGAAAACAUGCCAAUCAGUUUAGUACUGCUGUUACCUUCCUUUCCGAGCACAUCUUUCUGAGUUAAAAACGGCAUGAGGAAUUGUGGUGGGGAAGGGAGAUAAUGUGUGGGAGGAAUGUUCGUGAGGACUCGGGGUCUGCGUAGGGAGGAGGUGGGGUAAAGAGACCAAGGGUGUGAUUCUCCAUUCCUUUGCACUUUGUGCAGUCAUUUGCGUCAGUGCAAAGAAGGUGCAUUUUACACCCAUUAUGCACUGAUACAAAUGACUGAACAAGGGGCAGGGCAAACAGAGAACCUGGCCCCACAUCCUGUGUGUCGUUGAUUCAUCUGAUCUUUCACAGCAAGUUGCAAUUUUUGGUUUUAAACCUUCUGUGCAUCAAGAAACAAAAAAUCGAGUCAGUUUCACUGAUGCUCCAUAGUCAGAUCUUUUCAAUCCAGCUGCGCAUAUUGGGAAGCAGCAUGGCGUAGUGGAUAGAGCAUUGGACUGAGACUCAGGAGAUCGGCAUCCUACUCCCAGCUCUGCUGCUGGGUGAGCUUGGGCAAAUCACUCUCUCCCUCAGUUUCCCCAGCUGUGAAAUGGGGAGAAAGAUACUGACCUUCUCUGUAAACCACUUGGAGAUCUAUGGAUGAAAAGUGCUCUGUAAGAGCUAGAUAUUAUGAUGCGCUGACUAGCUGCUGUCUGGUUUAUAAGGCACUGCACACUAGUGUGGAAAGUUUGUAUUGGUAUUAGGUUUUCUGGUUCUGGAGCAAUUGCAAGGCCAUUUUUUUCACUGUGUAGCUAAGGGACUGUCUGACCAAGGUUGCCAGUGGCAGCUCUGAUGGCCCUCAGAGCAAGCCUGCAUGCUCAUUUCUCUGUUAUACUGUAUCCCAUGCUCCUGAGGUCAAAUUCCACUCCUGCCGUUCAGGCCGCAUCAAUGCCGUGGGCAAAUUGAGGAACCAAGGGCUACAAAGAGCGUAGCUGCAGUGAAUGGGUUUGCAACCGAAGGAUUGUAACUCCCGAAAGACAAAGCCAGCAAUCAUCCAGGGAAGGGAAUCAUUCUCCUGUUCUCACUGACCUGCCACUGAAAUCAGUUGGGGUAUGUUGGGAGAAUAGGGGACCUUAGAGUUUUUUUCCCCCACCUUCCUCUGUAGCAUGGUUGUGAUCAUCCGGACAUCUCAGCUAAUCAAUUCCCUCCCAUUGCAGGAGCUUGGGAUACUGGGGGCACCUCCCACUCGUUCUCUGGCUGUGGUGCAGUUUCAUUUCCUGCAGACUGAAAUGUUUUGGUCUAACUAAAAUCUUUGGGCACAGCGCAAGGGUAACUGGGUGAAAUGUGAUAUCCUGGAGGUCAAGCUAGAUGAUCGAUCUGAUGGUCCCUUCUGGCCGUCAACUCAAGGAGCCUAUGAAAUAGCGGGGUGAGGAAAUAAGGCUUAAGCUCCCCUGCUCAAAUGGCAUUUUGUGACUCCCAUGACCCAAAACAUACAGUGAAUAACACGGUGGCCAUGGUUCCCCGAUUCUCCAUUGCCUGCACCAUGUGUGAUUCACCCCUGUGCCAAGUGGGCUAUAAUGCUACAGAAUCAGAACACCAGUGUUUGCCCCCACUUUGCACUGGUCUAAAUGGGGUGCAGGAUGAUUGGGAAAAAAAUCAAGCUUGGGGGCUUCAAAGCUAGUUUUUCACUCAGUGCGGUCCGCCCAUUUGUCGGCUCUGCGCUCAGCCAGCUGAGUCGAGCUCGUGUCUAGCUUGAGCUAAAAAGACAGAGCAGCAGGCUCAGCUUUAAAAUUCCUCGGUGGCUUUAUUUAAUUAAUUAACUUAGUUAAAGAAAUGGGUCCGGAAUUGCCCCUGGCACCAGGCAGCCACAUAUUUGUGGCUCUAAUUGCCAGCAAAUUUUCAUUUAGACCGAGAAAAAGGGGUCAUGAAUAAAGCAGCAUGGAAAACGCUACGUGAAGGGGUCUUUUAUAUCCUUGCUCCCCACCCACUAAGACCAAAUCAAGGGGAGAAUAUGCCCAGAAGCCAAUAACUUUUUUUUUUU